UGGACAAUGGACCAAGUUUAUGAAAUUCCUGAGGAGCCUAACAUGGAUCCAAUUUCAUCUCUGGAGGAAGAUGUCAUCCGUGGGGCGAACCCCCGAUUUACUUUUCCAUUUGGCAUCCUCUUCUCCACCUUUUUGUACUGUGGGGAGGCUGCAUCUGCCUUGUACAUGGUUAGAAUCUAUCGAAAGAACAGUGAAACCUACUGGAUGACAUACACCUUAUCCUUCUUUAUGUUUUCAUCCAUUAUGGUCCAGUUGACCCUCAUUUUUGUCCACCGAGAUCUGGCCAAAGACAAGCCACUAUCAUUGUUUAUGCAUCUAAUCCUCUUGGGACCUGUUAUCAGAUGUUUGGAGGCUAUGAUUAAGUACCUCACACUGUGGAAGAAAGAGGGGCAGGAGGAGCCCUAUGUCAGCCUCACCCGAAAGAAGAUGCUAAUAAAUGGCGAGGAGGUGCUGAUAGAAUGGGAGGUGGGCCACUCCAUCCGGACCCUGGCUAUGCACCGCAAUGCCUACAAACGUAUGUCACAGAUCCAAGCCUUCCUGGGCUCAGUGCCCCAGCUGACCUAUCAGCUCUAUGUGACUUUGAUCUCUGCAGAGGUCCCACUGGGUAGAGCUGUGCUAAUGGUCUUUUCCCUGGUAUCUGUCACCUAUGGGGCUACCCUCUGCAAUAUGUUGGCUAUCCAGAUCAAGUAUGAUGAAUACAAGAUUCGCCUUGGGCCAUUAGAAGUCCUCUGCAUCACCAUCUGGCGGACAUUGGAGAUCACUUCCCGUCUCGUGAUUCUGGUGCUUUUCUCAGCCACGUUGAAAUUGAAAGCUGUGCCCUUUUUAUUGCUUAACUUCCUGAUCAUCCUCUUUGAGCCUUGGGUUAAGUUCUGGAGAAGUGGUGCCCAGAUGCCCAAUAACAUUGAGAAAAAUUUCAGCCAGGUUGGCACCCUGGUGGUGCUGAUUUCCAUUACUGUCCUCUAUGCUGGCAUUAACUUCUCCUGCUGGUCAGCUUUGCAGUUGAAGUUGGCAGAUAGGGAUCUUGUUGACAAAGGUCAGAACUGGGGACAUAUGGGCCUGCACUAUAGUGUGAGAUUGGUAGAAAAUGUGAUCAUGGUUUUGGUUUUCAAGUUCUUUGGAGUGAAAGUGUUGCUGAAUUACUGUCAUUCCUUGAUUGCUUUGCAACUCAUCAUUGCUUAUCUGAUUUCCAUUGGCUUCAUGCUCCUUUUCUUCCAGUACUUGCACCCAUUGCGCUCACUCUUUACCCACAAUGUAGUGGACUACCUCCGUUGUGUCUGCUGCUACCGGCACCCCCAGGGCAGAGUUGAGAACUCAGAGCCAUCCUGUGAUGCUGAAGCAAGGCAAGGCAUUGUCUGAUUCGAUCUUUUGGGUAUUUGGGGAUAGGUUGGGGUUUGCCAAGAGCAACUGUGAAAUUGAAGAAGAGGAUGGGGCUCAUAGGUGAGUACCCACCAGGACAUUUUCUUAAAUUUUCUGGUAAGCCUUUAGAAGAAAGAGAAGCUCCUAGAUAGGUUUUGUUUCCUUAAGAUUGACUGUUGUGGUUGGAAACCAGGGUAGCUAUUGUAUACCCUGAGGGGCCAGGGAUACAAUGAAUGCCCCUCCUACCCAGGUCAGCUGUCUGGCUGCCCUAGGGGAUAACUUACCUCCAAGCACUUUAGGCUCUCUGUGUGUGAUCUUGUAGCUCUGUUCAUUUGAGACCUUACUGAGCUUUCCUAGGGCUGAAAGCCCAGAAUCCCACUAGAAUGUAUUCUGACUGAUAAGAGGAUGUGACAACUUGCUAGCUGUGGGUACCUCAGGAA